AUGGAGCUCAUACAAGGCUUCAUUCAGCCGCCGAAAGCUCAAUCAGUCGAUGAAACUAUUCCAACCCUUUGCGACAGAGUGGAAAAUGCGACAUUGAUAAGUGAUCGGCGCUCUGCCGUUCUGGGUUUAAAGGCAUUCAGUCGGGACUACCGUGAAACUGUAAUUGCUCUAGGGCUUAAACCGCUUAUAAACGUUCUUAAGAUGGAUUAUAUGGAUGACGAUAUGGUUAAAGCGAUUAUGGAAACGCUGCUUAUUUUGUUCAUACGAGGCGAGGGCCAGGCGGAUCUAACACGCAAUUGGAUCGCGUUGCAAUCAAGAGUGCAGAACGGUAAGUAUCCAUCGCCGCUUCUCAUGAAGCAAGAACAUGAACGCGUGGAUCAUCUGUCCCUGUGGAUUGCUGACUUUUUAACGCAAUCAGAAGAAAUAAUACAUUUAUUUCUCAAAUUCUUAGAAAUCGACAGUUUCCACAUUCAGCUGUACGCAAUUCAAAUUUUGGAAGCAGUCGUGGCAACGAGACCGAUUAGGGCUCGCGAAGCUAUAAUAUCACAACCAGUUGGGAUUUCGACACUGGUGUCAAUGCUUGACAAUGCACACGAACCAGUGCGCGACGAGGCGAUUUUGCUACUGAUGGCUGUUGUGAACGACAACAAUCAUAUACAGAAGUUACUUGCAUUCCAGAACAUCUUCGAGAGGCUAUUUGCCAUAGUUGAAGAAGAAGGUGGGUUGCGUGGCUCUUUGGUGGUGAGCGAUUGCCUUUCGCUCAUCAUCAAUAUCCUUAAGUACAACUCGUCCAAUCAGGAUCUUUUCCUCGAGGGUCAAAAUCUGUCCCAACUGGCCCGAAUCCUUAACGAACCGCUAGGAGACGACGAGUUCUACUGGAACGAUCAAAGGGUUUUUAAUAUUCAAAACGUGCUCGCCAUCAUUAAAUUGACGGUAGACCCAGAAAGCACCAAGACGCCUCAACAUCAGCAAAUUUUGUUUAAUUCGCAUAUUUUGAUGAUAAUAUUAAGACUCGCUUUCUUUGAAAGCACACCAAAUUCCGUUAGGCCGAUGACUCUUCUUACCGCGGCAGACAUUGUUCGAGACGACAAAGUGAUGCAAGAAAGUCUUCGGACUCUGGAUGUUCCCUACUUUGAUCCUACCUUAAGCAGUGGUGUAUCCGGUACGUCAACUUCCGAAUUCGUUCAACCUCUACCCGAUCUUCUUCUCGGUUGGGCUCUACUCGCCAACUCGGUGCAUACUUUUGAAUUGAGAAAGGCAUCGUUAGAGCUUCUGAAAGCAUAUUUGUACAACAAUCAUGACUUAAAGGAGGGGUUGCUGAAGGCCCAAAUUCAGAACUAUAAGCGCUUGAACGUGCUUGCCGAUGACAAUGUUGGAGCGGAUCUAGACCAGGAUCUCGACGCAACACACCAGAAAAACACUAACGUAUUUCAGACGCUUCUCGAGUACGAUCCGGACAUAAAACUCAAUCCUUACAAGCUUUUUUUCGUGGUAGACCUUUUGCUUUUCAUGUUUAGUGAUGACCGAGAUUUUGGCCUUAGGAAACUAGUUCAAAAUAUUCAAAGUGGAGACCAAGAAGCUGGGGAAGAAGUUUUAUGUUCAAUUCAAACAAUAUGCGAGCUUCUGGUGACAAGCCUGUCCAUGAGCGAUCCUCGCAUAUCCUUCUCAUACUUGUCUCUUCUGAUUUUCUGGCUAUUUGGCGACACAGGGGCUGUCAACGACUUUCUGCUCUCGAAAUCGGUUCUUAACACAUUGAUCACUUAUUCUUCUCAUUUAGAAGAAGGAAAUAUAACGCUCAAGUGUUUGGCUACGAUGUUAUUGGGUGUUGCGUAUGAAUUUUCGUUAGCAGAGUCGUCUAUGCCGCGAGAAAAGCUAUACAACCUUAUGACAAAAAGCAUCGGGAGGGACAACUAUUAUUUUAAAAUCAAAAGGUUGAAAGACGAUCCCCUACUUUUUGCAUCAUCCUAUAAUCAUAAAGAUGAGUCAACGGAAAUCGAUGAAACUGGGCUUCCCAAAGUCUAUUUCAGCAUUUAUUUCCAGCAGCUGGUCAUUGACAACUUCUAUCGGAUCCUGACGGCAAUGAAGAGAAGUCCCGACAUAUGCGCUGCCGUAAAACUCACAUUUGAGGAGUUGGACGACCUUCAAACGAAAAACUCCGCCCUUCAUAAAAAAGAAGCUGAACUCACUGAUACGAUCGCCAUUUUGCAACAAAACUUGAAGGAACUCGCUGAACAAUUUGAAUCAAGUGCGCGCCAAGUGGAAAAGAAUAGAGAGCAAUUCUUAUCCCUAGAAAGAGAAAAGCAUAACUCAGAAGAAAAGCUCGCGCAGAUCACCAAAAAGCACGAAGGUCUUACAGAGGAAAUGAGGCGAGUUAACGCAGAAUUAGAUAGAAAGAAUGACAGCCUAAAAGAUCUUCAAUGUCAAUUAAAUGAGGCCAUAGAUUCUCUUCGUACCACUGAAAAGAACCUUGAGCUUCUGGAGAAGGACAAAACUCAAGCCGAAAGCGGUGUGAACAAACUUACAAGAGAACUCAUGAACUUGUCCAAGGAGCAACAGCGUUUUACUUCUGAAUCACGUAAGACCGAAAAAGAGCUCAGAGAUGCUUCAGGAAAACAAAGUGAAGAGAUUAAAUCACUAAGGGCAGAGCUGUCAAAAAAUCAGAAGAAGCUCAAGGAGUUAGAAGAACUCAAGUCUACAGCAAUCAAGAAAAGUGAACAGCUAGCUCAGGAAAAGCUGACUCUUGAGAAGAAUCUUGACGAAUCGCAUUCCAAAUCAGAAGGGCAGAGCGUUUUAAUUUCAAAACUUACUGAUAAACUAAAAUGGAUAGCAGGUGUUAGGGCAGAAUUGGAGAAAGACCACUCCAAUCUGCUGGAAGAGUUGGCCGUUCUGAAAGCCGAGAACGAGAAAAAAUUUGAUUCACUCAAUUCUGAACUACAAAGCUUAGAAGCACGCUGUAAAGCGCAAGCAGCUGAAAUUCACGCAUUAGAAGGCACAAAAUCCUCUCUGCAAGCUCAACUUGAUGAGAGCCUUGAAAAGCGCCAAGACGAUUCCGACCAACUGAGCAUAUUGCAUCAAGAAGUUUCCGCGCUUUCAUCUAAAUCUAAUGACUUCGAAAAAGUUAAAAAAGUCCUUGACGACAAGGCCUCUUCGCUCGCUUCCGAGAAUGAGGGGCUCAAGAAUAAAAUCAUUGAUCUUCAUAAUGAUAUCGACAAAUCGAAAUCUCGAAUUUCAGAUCUAGAGUCAAAGAUCUCACUACAAGGUCAAGAAAAUCACUUAAAGACUACCGAGCUAUCCGACCUCAAAGCUACUUUGCAAAAACUAAACUCAGAAAAAGCUGAUCAGGAUGAUCUUCGAAAGAAAUUGGCGAAAGAACUUGAUGAUGCCACAAACCUUCAUAAAAAUUUGGAAAGCCAGCUGCAAACCCUUACUCUAGAGAGGGACACUAUUGCAAAUGAGUCCUCAGGUGUGAAGGGACAGCUGUCUAGUUUAAAUUCUGAAAUUGAGUCGACAAGGGAUGAACUUGUUUCCGCCAACGACACCAUCACUGAUUUGACAGCUAAACUGGAUGCAGCGCAGAACACGCUAAGAGAUGCGAAUUCCGAGAUCGCGAAGGAAGAAAGUAAGAGAAAUGAACUCGAACGGCGGGUGGAAGAUGCAAAAACGAAAGCCGAAAAUCAAAAGAAGGUUUAUGAAGCCCUGAAAGCCGAAACUUUGGAAGCUCGCUUGUCCUUAGAGCAAGAUCUGAGUGCUUCUCAGGAAAAGCUUCGAGAGAAGACUAAAGAAUUGGAAAUGGAGAGAAAAUUCAUUACCGAAAAUUCAUCGGACUUGGCUCAGGAAUAUUCAACAAAGGUCUCACUAUUGGAAGGAACACUAAAAUCGCACCAAGACAUCUCUGACAGUGCUGCCAAAGAAUCGAAAGGACGAAUUGUAGACCUAGAGAAGCGCUGCCAAAAGACAUCAGCAGAGAGAGAAAGUCUCAACGAGAAACUAAUACAAUCUGAAAGCAAGGUAGCAGAUAUUAACAAGAAGCUCACCAUCAAUCAAAAAAAACUCGAAGAGGUUGAGGGUCAAUUACAAGCUUUGAAGAAAGAACAUCAAGAAAUCCAAGAAGUCCGCAUCAAAGCGCUGGAACAAAAACAGAAAGAAUCCGAAAGGCUUUCUAAAGAAGUUCAAAGGCUGAAAGACGUGAUUGUAAAUGAAAAGAAAAGUUCUCAAGACCUCAAUGGGGCAUUGGUCACUAAGGACAGGGAGAUUGAAUCUUUGAGGAGAGAAUUGGAAAGUAUUUCCACUCAAUCAAAAGAACAGUCAGAAAAGAAUGAUGUAACUGUACAAAGGUUAGAAAACCAACUUCGAGAAAAUGAUCAAGAAAAAGCUGCUCGAGAAAAUCACGUUAACCAUCUAAGUGGAGAGUUGAAUGAUAGAGACGAGAAGCUGCGAGACUUGGAGGCACAACUACAAAAUUUACGAAGAAGUGCCGCCGCUACUAAACAUUCAGCAAAUCUCAACGAAGAAACUUUAGGUCGGAGUGCCAAAGGUUCUGAUACCUCAAUCGAGCAUACAUUAUUUGAUAAUGAAAGCAUUCAACCAAAGUUUUUUUCACACAACGGCAAAAUUGAACCAGAUAGCCUAGAGAGUAGCAACGAAGACUGUCUUGCCCUAAAAAACAAAGUUCAGAAGCUAUCUGAAGAGAUUGACUACUGGAAACAACAAGCCCAGGGAAAGGGUGAGCUUGAUGAUCUUUUGUUAUUAGUGAGCGAACUGGAUUCCAAAAACAGUCGAUAUAGACAGAAACUUCUAGAUCUUGAUGUGGAGCUCUCAUCCGAAGGUUCUGCGGAAGAGGAAGAUGAUGAAGACGACGAUUAG